UCAAACGCCGCAUCAGCGGUCGCUAUUGUCGGGCUUCUGCCCUUGGUCCGUCCUGUUUCAUGAAGGCAAAUUCAAGAUCCCAACGGUCACGCUAGCUAACACAUAAUGAGGCAUGGCUUCCAAAUAGCAUGGCCUUUCCGUCCCUUCGCCGCCACCUUACCAAAUCCUCCUCUCUCCCUCCAAACCCUUUCUCCCCAUGCCUCGCCCUUCUAUCUCCCUUCUCUACUCGUCUACCCGAACCGCACUCACCGCCCACCGAGAGAAGAACCUUCUCCCAUAUCUUCCAGCACUGUGCCAAGCACCAAGACCUGAAUCCAGGCCGAGAAGCCCAUGCCCGGAUGAUCGCUUCUGGCUUCGUCCCAACCAUCUUUGUCGCCAACUGUUUGAUGCACAUGUAUACCAGGUGCUCCAAUUUGGACUAUGCUCGUAAAGUAUUCGACCGCAUGCCCGAGAAGGACACCAUCUCUUGGAAUGCGAUGAUUUCAGGGUACAGCCAGAGCGGUGCGAUGGGCAUCGCAGAAUCCCUCUUUGAUGCGAUGCCCGAGCGAGAUGUUAUCUCAUGGAAUUCGCUGAUCUCAGGUUAUUUGCAGAACGGGAGUUCAUAUGGAUCCAUCGAGCUCUUCUUACAGAUGAGAAGAAGUGGGAUCGAACCUGAUCGCACUACCUUUGCUAUCAUUCUUAAAUCGUGUGCUGCAUCGGAGGAGCUUGAAUUGGGGACUCAGAUUCAUGGAAUGGUACUGAAGAUGGGUCUGGAUUUUGAUGUGGUAACAGGGAGCGCUGUCGUGGAUAUGUAUGCUAAAUGCAAGAGUUUGGGUGAUUCGCUUCAUGUUUUCGAUGAAAUGCCUGAAAGGAAUUGGGUCUCAUGGAGUGCAGUUAUUGGGGGUUGUGCUCAAAAUGAAAAAUUCUUGGAAGGGUUGGAUUUGUUCAAAGAGAUGCAGCGAUCAGGAGUAGGAGUGAGUCAGUCAGUUUAUGCGAGUGUUUUCAGAUCAUGUGCGGGUCUGUCGCUGGCCAGGGUGGGCAGCCAGUUUCAUGGGCAUGCUUUGAAGAACAAUUUUAGUACAGAUAUUGUCGUAGGGACUGCUGUUUUGGAUAUGUACACAAAAGGUGAUUGCUUGGAUGAUGCUUUGAGAGUGUUUCAGUGGAUGCCAACCCGAACCCUGCAGUCAUGGAAUGCCAUUGUUGUUGGGUUUGCUCGAAGCAAUCGAACACUCGAAGCUAUGAAGCUAUUUCAACUCAUGAAUAGAUCUGGUGUUGGUAUUGACGAGAUCAGCUUAUCUGGUGUUUUGGGUGCUUGUGCAGAGGUUAAAGGGUAUUUCCAGGGUUCACAAAUUCAUUGCUUGGCUAUUAAAACUAGUUUGAUCUCAGAUAUUUGUGUUAGGAAUGCAAUGCUGGAUAUGUAUGGAAAAUGUAAAGCUUUGACAGAUGCAUGCGAUAUUUUUGAGGAGAUGGACAGAAGAGAUGCUGUCUCCUGGAAUGCUCUUAUCACAGCGCUUGAGCAGAAUGGACAGUAUGAAGACACGCUAGCACGUUUCAGUCAGAUGUUAUGGUGCGGCAUGGAACCUGAUGAGUUCACUUAUGGCAGUGUUCUUAAAGCUUGUGCAGGAUUGCAAUCUUUGGAUCAUGGGAUGAAGGUCCAUGACAAGAUUAUCAAGUCAGGACUUGGUUUGGAUUCAUUCAUUGGAAGUGCUCUUGUUGACAUGUAUUGUAAAUGUGGGAUGACGGAAGAAGCACAGAAGCUUCACCAGAGAAUAGAGAAGCAAACGCUUGUAUCAUGGAAUGCCAUCAUAUCCGGAUUUUCUCUUCAGAAACAAAGUGAAGAGGCUCAGAAUUUCUUUUUUCAGAUGCUAGAUUUUGGCAUAAAACCUGACAAUUUCACAUAUGCCUCAGUACUUGAUACUUGUGCAAACCUUGCCACGGUUGGUCUAGGGAAGCAAAUCCAUGCUCAGAUUAUCAAGCAAGAGUUGCAGAGGGAUGUGUUCAUAUCAAGCACUCUAGUGGACAUGUAUGCUAAGUGUGGGAACAUGCAGGAGUCUCUGUUGAUAUUCGAAAGGAUAAAGGAACGAGACUUUGUGUCAUGGAAUGCCAUGAUUUGUGGUUAUGCUUAUCAUGGCCUUGGAUUAGAGGCACUUGGAAUGUUUGAGAGGAUGCAACUAGAGAAUGUGAGACCAAAUCAUGCAACAUUUGUAGCAGUUCUUCGAGCUUGCGGGCAUGUUGGUUUGGUUGAUGAGGGCAUGCACUACUUUCAAUUGAUGACUGACCACUACAAAUUGGAGCCGCAAUUGGAGCACUAUUCAUGCAUGGUGGAUAUAAUAGGGCGCUCGAAGGGCAUCCAUGAAGCUUUAAGUCUUAUAAAUGACAUGCCAUUUGAAGCUGAUGCUGUUAUAUGGCGAACUCUUUUGAGCAUAUGCAAGAUCUAUCAAAAUGUAGAGGUGGCAGAAAUGGCGGCAUAUAAUAUACUGCUGCUGGAUCCUGAAGAUUCUGCAGCUUAUAUUCUUCUGUCAAAUAUAUAUGCAGAAGUUGGCAAAUGGGGGGACGUUUCAAAGAUGAGGAGGAUAAUGAGGCAGAGUAGGCUGAAAAAGGAGCCUGGAUGUAGUUGGAUUGAAGUGAAGAAUGCGAUGCACACCUUUCUCGUGGGAGAUAAGGCUCACCCAAGAUGCCUGGAGAUAUAUCAGAGGUUAGAUGAGUUAAUUGAUGAGAUGAAAUGGGCUGGAUAUAUGCCUAAUUUAGAUUUUUUCCUUGAGGAUGAGGAAGAGGAGAGAAGAGAUCAGCAAGAACAGCUCAGAUUUGGUAAUGUUUGAUCCACCAGAAUGUGGUCUUUCAUGCAAAUUCAUCAUCAGAACUGGCUUAUGAUUGCAUUGGAUCUGUCUGUCCCAAGCAUCUAUAUAUUCCAAUUGGUGGAAGAGAUGUGAAACUAAUAUCUAGUUUUGCUCCUGCAUUUGGUUAGAUCCAUGCAAGUAGAACAAUGCAA